CGUCAAUUGAUGGCAAAAUCACUCAUAAUUCUUCCUUGCGUUUGCGUAGUUUAGUAGAGACGGGAGACCGACCACCAGCCAGAGCACCAGCCACCGAGCUGACGUGUUGACGGUAUCAAAUAACAAGGGCGCCCUUCAAGUGUUAGCUCAGUGACGACUCUAAAAUCUCUUCUUGAAAGGACAACACAAUGUCCGAGUUUGGAGAUUUCGUAGCGACGGAUGGCUCUAACCCAGCCAAUACCUCUGCAUUUCUGACAUCAGAUGAUCCUGCCGCCGAUUUUCUGGCUCGAGAACAGGCUAUCCUCGGAGCCGACGCUGCUUUAUUCGGCAACGACCUGGUUGCGGCCACCCCAGCACCCGCUGCGUCUGACGCUGGGUUUGGAGCAUUUGGAGGUGCGCCUGACAGCAGCUUUGUCAUUCCAAAUGGGUCGGACGUUGAGUUUGCCAGUGAGUCUGGAUUUGGCGACGCCCCUUUCGCAGGAGAUGCUGCUCCGUUGCCUUUUGAGCAUACUGGUGCAUCGUCGGUCGCCAGCUUCGGGAGUGUACCGGUACAGUCGCGUGAACCUGAACCGGAGCCGGAAAUCGUUAGGCAGUGGAGGGAAGACUUCAAUGCACGUGUGGCCGAACGUGACUCUCGAUCGAAAGCUAAACACGCAGAGACGUUGAAUGCUGCGAAGGAGUCGCUGGAGCGAUUUUACGCGGAAUACAACGAUAAGAAAACUAAGAGCAUCAACAGAAACAAAGAACAAGAAAAGAAUACCAUAGCUGAACGAGAUGAUACCACUAGUGGAACCGUUUGGGAUCGGGUUGUCAAACAAAUUGAGAUGACCACUCAGGCGUCAUCUGCGACGUCCAGUAAAGGCAAGGUCGAUCUAAAGCCUGGCAGACUUGCCGACGAGAAGAGCAAAGAUGCUAAAGCGGCGAAGCCUGUGACGAAGACGCGUGAUACCACUCGCAUGAAGCAGUUGCUGAUGUCACUGAGAAAGGACUCUAAAGCUCCAGGAGUAGAAACUGCAGCUUGAUACAGUUAUAUGUUGUCCCAAUCAUGUCGGUACAUCAUUCCAAAAAUAUAAAAUCGGUCAUUCAUGUCUAUGGAAUGUAUUUGAUCAAGCA